AAGGGUGAAGGGAAGCGAGCGGCCGGGUCCCUGGAGCCCCUCCCCUGCCCAUGAUCCCCGGGCGCCCCUGCACUUUGAGCCCGAGGCGGCUGGGGCUCUGGCUGCUGCGGGGACCAGCGGGGUGGGCAGGCGGGCGGGAUGCUGCGGCUGCUGGCGUCCACCUGCGCCAGGGGCCUGGCGGGUGGCUGGGGCUCGCGGAGGCUGGUUCCCGGGGGCCGAGCGCGUCCGGUCGCGGGACUCUGCGACCUCAGCCGCCGCUUGAGCCGCCAGGCCUCCGACGCCCCCCGGAACCAACCCCCCAGUUCCGAGUUCGUGGCCCGGUCGGUGGGCAUCUGCUCCAUGAUGCGGCUUCCGGUGCAGGCCUCUCCAGAGGGGCUGGACGCCGCCUUCGUCGGGGUGCCGCUGGACAUUGGGACUUCCAACCGGCCUGGGGCGAGAUUCGGACCCCGAAGGAUCCGAGAAGAAUCGGUGCUGCUUAGGACCGCCAAUCCUAGCACAGGAGCUGUUCCCUUCCAGUUCCUCAGGGUUGCAGACCUAGGCGAUGUGAAUGUCAAUCUUUACAACCUUCAGGACAGCUGCCACCUGAUUCGAGCGGCUUAUCAGAAAAUCGUAGCAGCCGGCUGUGUUCCUCUGACCUUGGGUGGAGAUCAUACAAUAACCUAUCCUAUAUUGCAAGCAAUAGCAGAAAAGCAUGGUCCUGUGGGGCUGGUGCAUGUGGACGCUCACAUGGACACAGCUGACAAGGCCCUAGGGGAGAAGCUCUAUCACGGGACCCCCUUCCGCCGGUGUGUGGACGAGGGACUCCUGGACUGCAAGCGUGUGGUGCAGAUCGGCAUCCGGGGCUCUUCCACGACCUUGGAUACCUACAGAUACAGCCGAAGCCAGGGCUUCCGGGUGGUCCUGGCUGAAGACUGCUGGCUGAAGUCACUGGUUCCUCUGAUGGGGGAAGUGAGGCAGCAGAUGGGAGGCAGACCCAUUUAUAUCAGCUUUGAUAUUGAUGGCUUGGACCCUGCUUACGCCCCGGGCACAGGGACACCUGAAAUUGCUGGUCUUACUCCUAGUCAGGCUCUGGAGAUCAUCCGGGGUUGUCAAGGCCUGAAUGUGGUGGGUUGUGACCUCGUGGAAGUUUCACCACCCUACGAUCCUUCUGGAAACACAGCCCUGGUGGCAGCUAACCUGCUGUUUGAGAUGCUGUGUGUUCUCCCCAAAGUGACAGUCGUCUGAACCUUGUCCUGUGAUUCUUCAAGAUGUAACAACAGCUUGCACAGAUGAUAAUUCUCUGGAAGCACUUGUGUGCAAGCAAAAUUUGAGAACUGAAGAGCUGAUGCCAAUAAAACAUUCUGCUAAAAAUGUCAUUGGUAGCUGUAACCAACAUGGCAUUCAGUAAAACUCAAAUCCAAAGAGCCAAUAUUCCUCAGGAGUUUGAAUUAACUUAAAAAAAAAGA